AUGCCCCUGAUGUUUACCAAGGUGAAGCUGGAGCAGGUAUUUAAAGGCCCGGAGGAAGCCCUCGUGACCUGCAGACAAAUGCUGAGGCUGUGGCAGACCUUGUACAACUUCUCCCAGCUGGGAGGCCUGGAGAAGGACGGCAGCUUCGGCGAAGGCCUCACGAUGAAGAAGCAGAGUGGCAUGCACCUGACUCUGCCCGAUGCCCACGACGCAGACUCCAGCUCUCGGCGGGCAUCAUCCAUCGCAGCCUCCCGGCUGGAGGAGGCCAUGUCGGAGCUAACUAUGCCCACCUCAGUCCUGAAGCAGGGCCCCAUGCAGCUGUGGACCACACUGGAACAAAUCUGGCUCCAGGCUGCUGAGCUGUUCAUGGAGCAGUGGCACCUCAAGGAAGCAGCCUUCUGCAUCCAGGAGGCAGCGGGCCUCUUCCCUACCUCUCACUCGGUGCUCUACAUGCGGGGCCGGCUGGCCGAGGGAAAGGGCAGCUUGGAGGAAGCCAAGCAGCUGUACAAGGAGGCGCUGACCGUGAACCCGGACGGCGUGACCAUCAUGCACCGCCUGGGGCUGAUGCUGAGUCGGCUGGGCCACAAAAGCCUGGCCCAGAAAGUGCUCCGGGACGCCGUGGAGAGGCAGAGCACCUGCCACGAAGCGUGGCAGGGCCUGGGCGAGGUGCUGCAGGCUCAGGGCCAGCCUGCUGCCGCCGUGGACUGCUUCCUCACUGCCCUGGAGCUGGAGGCCAGCAGCCCCGUGCUGCCCUUCUCCAUCAUCCCAAGGGAGCUCUGACGCAGCCGCUACUGCAGCAGCAGGGAAGGGGACUGCCCGGGGGGCGGCAAGAGCAGGCAGCAGCGGGAGCAGGUCGGGGAGGGACAGUGGCGCUCAGGUGUGGGGCCUCAGGGAAAUACAUCUCUUGUGAACACUUCUGUGGGCUGCAGCCCUCUCCUCUCUUGGCUGGGCCAAGAGGGUUUUCCCAGAUACCUGCCUUGGUGCCUUGGGAGAUAGUUUGGCUUGAACUCUAAGUGACUUUGCAGAGUUUUAGUGACCGGACUUGCUCCCUGAGAGCUGGGGCAGAGGGGCAUCACAGCUGAACUUCACCCCCAUCCUUGCUUCUGCCUUGAGGACUGGGAGCCCCACUCCCCAGUCUCAGGACAGGACAGGCUUCUGGAUCACUCUGAGGUCUUGCCCAUGGCAGUCACAAUUUACAGAAGCUGCUGGCAAAUGAGAAGGGGUCUCUGGGUUCCUCUCCCAGGCUGUUAGUAGAUGAUGCCUGGUGUUGCCUCUCUUUGACCAAUGAGGCCAGUUGGGCUCUAUCGUGCUCUUUCUCUCUGCUCCCAAGUGCCUUGUUGGCCUCUGGUGUCUGGCCUGGAGCACUGAGCACCGGCCCUAACUCACUACCCAUUUCUACCCACCCCCACCUCCCUGGAAACAUGCCCCAGCCCAAGCCGCUUCUGUAGGCCUAGGCCAGUGACACCUAGGAUGGGCCUCAGGACACAAAGUAUGGCAGCUGGACCCAAGCCCUUUCUAGUACCCUGAAUCUGCACCUCAUUCCUUCAAGCCUUACCCCACUUUUUACCCUAGGGUUACUAAUGUGGGGGCAAUUCCUAGGACUGUCCCUAGUAUAUCUCACCAUCCACAGUCCAUUUUUCACCUCAGGCUUUGAGUGGCCCAAGUCCCACCCUGGCCAUCUGGGUCCCUCUGCCUGGGACCCCAUAGGUGCUGUAGUUUGAGACCCAGCCCUUCCUUUCUGUGGUUGAGCAGGCCUCUGUGUCUGUGACAGACCCCAUCUGCAGGGGCCCAGGGGCUCCCCCGGCCCUGCAGCGUGAUGCUCUUAAAACCCUUCCCAAGAAGUCAGUCCCCUGGAGCCUGGCAGGGAAUUCCUUGUUAUCUGCACUUUGGGUUUUAGUUUUAAAACUCCGUCAGGUACAGCUCUCAUUUUAAGAAGCAUGGAAAGGGCCGGCCCGGUGGCGCACUGGAUAGUGCGCCGCUUGGGAAGCGCGGCGGCGCUCCCGCC